AUGGCCGUACACAAACAGCCUGCUGAUGGCGGUUCAGGGGCAGGGCCCCCGCGCGGCACGUGCGCACACCAGUCUACAGCUGUCAAGCAGAAAGACUGCGAAAUAUUGGCUGAGGCCCUUCGCAAUUCAGCAAUCCGAAUUGCUUGCGCAAAAGAGGCAGACCGGGGGCGCCUCUCCAGCGAGGAGGAUGAGCAACCAGAUCCUCUCGAGUAUCUUCCGGAAGCGCUGGAUAUCUGGACACGGGAGAACGAGGCGGACAGCGCUGGGUCGAAUGGGCAGAUAUCUCGGUCACUGUCGUGGUGCUCGUCUCUGUUUGAAGAGGUGGCGGCAGCUCUCGUCGCCGCCGCAGCCGCGGAGAAUCUCGGCCGAUGGAAGGACAGAACGCCGAAAGAGGACGCGGGUAAGGUUACUGUGGAAGGCGAAAGCGGAGGAGAGGAGAGGAGUGAGCAUCCGCAAACUGAAGGAUGUUGCUGGUGGGGGACAGUACAGCGGGAGGGCAGCAAAGGGAUGAAACGGGUGUCGCAGCUGGGCCGUCCUGACUGGUGGCAGGGAUUGACGGUCACCGAAGAUGAGGGUCGCUCGGGGUUCAACGAGACGAAUGAAAAAGGGAGAAAACCACGUUCGUGCGAAGGCUGCUCCCCAUCUCGCUGCCCCCCUUGCGGCGAGGAAUCCUGCAAACAGUGUCGAGUUGAAACCGAAGUUUUACACUAUGCAGCGCUCGCGGGCACUGGGCAGCGGAGAAUGUCGUGGCUGAAGUCGUCCUGCACGGCCCUUAUCAAGAGCGAACAGCCAGUGGAGAUCGACACCGCGCAUGCCUGUGACACAUUUGACAGACGAACCUCUCGCGAUGAUCCAUCGCCGUCGUGGUGGCAGGGAUGGGAUGGGUUGUUCAAAGGGGUGUUCCAGGCCCAGUCUGGUGUUAGCUGCCCAGCAGCGAAGGAAAACGCAGCAGCGAAGGAAAACGCGUGUGAACUCGAGGACGCCGAUUUGCAACAUCCAUUUUGCCACUUGGUAGGGGAAGAGGAAGGAGAUCCGCUAAACUGGGAGGGGGCGCCCACAACACCAGCGUGUCUGCCGGAGUUUCUGGGGGGCCUCGACAGGCGCUGUCAGCUAGGCGCACCUGCGCCCGAAAUGGCCGCUGCCCGCAGCGAAAAGCAUCUGACCCUCCAAGGGUGGUCUUUGGGAAGCCCACUGGCAGGACGGAAGGGUUUUUCGUUUGCGCCUGUGUCUCCUGCGUCAUCCUCGUCGUCUUGCCACCUGUUCCUGAGUUCGGGUUCCGCUCAGGAGGAAGACGAUGAAGUCGACGAGGAGUGGGACUUCCUUGUGAAUGAAGAACAGAUGGAUGCAGUUCUCGAAGCUGCACUCGCUUCGUCGACGUUAAGGAACUGUCUUUCGGAGUUCCACCGCCCUGCAGAGGCAGCCGCUCCUUCAGCCGCCAGCGAGCCGAGUCAGGCCGUCAGCGUCUCGAACCCCUCAGCUCUCAAUUCGCUGUCUCCACAAGCCAUGGCGGAGCUGCGCGAGCGACUGAAGUCAACUCUGAGAGAGAAGAUGCUCAAAUGCCGGCACCACUUUCGCAGUCUGAAAAGAGCGAUCCGCGCCAGAGACAUACAACGCGUGAGGCGCGACCUCGCGGAUCUCGCAGAGCUCGGGGGACCUGAAGUCUCAGGAAUCUGGGCCAGCGUGAAAGUGGGGUUAGGUGUGGCGACUCUCGCAUCAGGGCACAUCUUCAUGGGAGGGGUCAUGCUUGCCAUGGCAGCAAGCGCUGUAGGGUCUGCCGUUCUUUGGGGCCGCCAUCGCGACAUGUUUCGUCGUUGGAUGGCUGGCGAAGAAGAGGCUGCGACAGGAGAUGUAGAGUGCGAGUGUGGUCAUUCGAGCGAAGGCCGAGAAACAGAGGACGCUGAACACCGAGUAGAACAACAGGAUGCUCGCCAAGACGAAUGCAGGCGCCGUCAGCCGGUGAGUCAAGACGCCGGCACACGGAACGACAUCAAUGCCCGCCUUGGCUUCACAAAGGCAGGAGAAAACUCCCUCGAUGGCCUUGAAGGAAGAACACGCCAAGCUGCGUAUGCAGUUCAGGCGAUAACAGGUCCAUGCUCAGCCUAUGAGUAUGCCGACACUGAGGCCCGCGACGCCACAUCGGCGUCGGAAGGCAUUUAG